CACACGCAUGCGCAUACGUAUACGCAUACGUAUCUGCCUGCCUUUAUUUCCAUGCAUGCGUCGGUUUUUUAUGGACUUACCUGCAGAUGUGUGUCGUGUGACUGGUGGAAGCACAAAAGUGGCGCAGGCAGGCAGGCAGAGAGGCACUGUGUAUGCGUCGUGCUGCGUGUCAAGGUGAGGGAGGGGAGAUCAGGGUGAUGAUUCAUCAGCGCCAGAGUGUGAUAUCGACUGUGAAGUGGAUUUAAAAAUGUAAAAUGUACGGAUUGCACCUUUUGUUUUUGCAUGAGUUUGUUAAUCAGCCUUCUACCCGGAUCUUCUCGGCGGGCUGAUCCAGCUCGGGCUGGCCUGAUGUGAUGGUGCAUGGAUGGAUGUCAUGUUUGUGCCCUUGUGUGUGGAUGUUUCCUUCUCGCUUCUCACUCAUGGAAUGGCUGGCAUAGUCACGAGGGACCACGCCCUUCACUUGCUUUGAAUGGAGGCUGAGGGGCUGGGCUGUCAUGUCUUCACUGCGUGAGAGCGGCAAUGGAGAGCGUUGAUGUGAGCUCUUCGCAGCCUGCGGCAUUUUUUUGCAUUCUUGGCUCCAUUUUUUGAUGAUCACGCACCGCUUGAAUCCAAAUCGUGUUGUAGGUCGCUACAUGAGUACACAGAAGACAGAGACACACGCUUUCACAGAAGCAAAAGUCGUGUACGGGAGUGAACGAAGGAACCAAUGAAGCAGAUUGUGUGGCUGAUGCGGGAAGCAGAAAGACAAGAAAGACACUGGUGCAGAUGCGCAGACUUUCGCGCUGCGCGUUUGUGCCGAACGAACGGAAAAACGGAGCCCUAACGCACUGCCAAAGGCGACUCAGAGGAGGCGACUCAGAGGAAAUGGCGAGCCAUUUCAUCCCUCACUUUGGCCGCACGAGAUAUCUGCAGUUCCUGACGAAAUACGUGAGGCCGCAAGUGUCCAAUGUGUUCGUGUGCAGCGGUCCCAAGAGCAUCGGGUAAGAGAAGCUGACCAAGUACACCGCACUACAAAGCCAACGACUGUCCCCUCCUGUAUCUCGUCAGCAAGUCACGAAUUCUCAUGGUGGCCCAGGACAGAUUCCUGAGCGAAGGUGAACGGAGGAAGGCUGCACGCGGCAGAGGAUGAAGCUUGGUGUGUGUGCGUGUGCUCAGGCCAUGCUGUGAUAACUGUCGACUUGAAGUCGUGCGACGGGACUUUCCGUCACUUCAUCCACUUGUUUCGGGCCGGCAUCUCGCGAGCAAUACAGAACAACGCCGAGGUGCGAUAGGCCAAGGAGCAGCUGGCAGCGACAGAUCUCUCCUUUCUCCUGCGUAUUGCUUCAGGCGUUACGCCAGACCAAGACGUCCACUCUUGUCCGGUCGUUCAAGAAUGCCUUCUCCAUGAUGAUCAUUGAGGUGGGUGAGGAGAAGACGCCCGCAACGGAUCCAGCAUCCCAUGCGCGUUGUAUGCGUUGCUUGUAUGUGUGUGGUUGUCAUCAGGAGAUCACGCUUGUCGAGUUCCUGAAGACCCUGGUUCGACUGGUCCGGUGGAAGAUGGGGAUAUCCACAAGAGGCGACCUGAGCUUCUUCCGCAGGACAUGGGUGUCUGAACUCAGCCACAGCCAAAGAUUCGCACCAGACGUACAACACAGGAUUAGAGUGGAUCAGUGAAAGCGUCUUAUCGUCUCUGUUUCUGUCUGUCUUUGGCUCACUCAGACCGGCCUCGGUUUGUUCCAGCGUGGCAUGCUGUUGACGCUUCACGACAGUCUGAUGGACAAGAAUCUCGGCGUUGGCCAGGUGGCCUCCAUAUUCGACAUCAUUGACAAGGUCGACUUUGACGGCAUUCUGUUACUGCUGCACCUGCAAAGCAUCUACCCGAGAGCGAGAAAUGCCAUCGAGGAGGACCAAAGAAAAUUCGAACAACUCACAAGCCACGUAUUCAGGUAGACUGGCUGUCCGCCACGCUGCACGGCAUCUCCUCUCAUCUAUCUCCGCUGUGUGUUGGUCGUUCAGCAAUUUUCAGCGUCGCAAGCACUACUUUUCGACCACACCGACGAUCAUUGAGGUGGCCGAUAGCUUCCUCCAUGCCAUCGGGCCACGCUUCCUGCUCAGCGGUACGAAAGCGCAACGAGGAAGGAUGCAGCGCUCGAUGAUUGGCAAUAUGCGUUGUGUUAGAUCCUGAGUCGUUCGCUAUCCAUCGGUUGUGGCCUCUUGAGAAGUGAGCCAGCAGAAAACGCGACGGCGCGAAUAAGCUUGCGUGCAUUUGUGCAGGGAUGAGAGCCUCGAAUUGUUUCGGUGAUCGAUGCACGGACAGACGCGUGUGUACAUACACAGAUGUAGGACUGCGUUUCUCCCCACUCGUUCAGUCAGCGUUUCUUCCCACUCAUUCAGUCCAGAGACAAGAACAAGUGCGGACAAUGCCGUAAGUAGGAAGCAUGACGGGAAAGCGGUAGACACUUCACGUAUUUCGUGUGCGUUCUUUCUGUUGUCUCAGCGUUGUGGAGUGAAGAGAAGGGCUCUGAGGGCUGUCGUGCCAUGAAGAUCGACGGGCACAUCGGCCACUACAUCGGUAACAAAAGGUGGAUAGACCGGCUGACGUCUUCAGGGUCUCUGUGCCAUGGGUCCACAUGCAGGUAACAUCAGCGUAGGCGAGUGUUGGCGCAACAUGGAGGGCGAGUCACCAACUGACGAGUCGUCAUCACAAGCGGAGCCGGCAAGGAGGCCCACAGAGGCGUCCGACAUUGCAUACGCAAACGGCGACAAUGGUCAGCACAUAUACGAGCGGGGCACAUGCACCAUGAGUGAGUAUCCUUCUUCGUGUUUGUUUCAGCGGUGGAAAGGACUGUGCUAGCACAGCAUGAGAAACUGUGGGCCCAUACACAGGUAUUACUAUACUCAUCUCAGCCACCCACAAGUCUGACGUGGGUUUGUGGCGCCUGUGUUGUGUUCAUUCAGGGCCAUCCUGGCAGCCUGUUCCAGAUCCAUCUUAUGCUUCAAGAUGGCCUGAGCCUCGACGAGGCGCUGGCGAAGGAAAGGUCUACGUAUCAGAUGCUGGUCAACAUGGCAUGUGACACCAAUGCAAAGGUGAGACAGACGCAACAGAACCGCUCUUCUUCGCUUCGGAGUGUCUUCGUCUGCUGACUCUGUUGAUAAGCUGGAGGUGCUGAAGCGAUUCUUGCAUGCGGAUGCGUUCGUACUCGAGGGCAGCCAGGACGCACUCAAAGUCAGUCAACGUGGAUGCCAAGCCCCAGCACGGCAUGCCGAUUGCCCAUCACUUGCGUGUCUCUCUGCACAGGAUUCCAUCUACGAGCUGAUCGAGCAGGGAAUUCUCCAGUGGAAUGGCUAUGCUGUCUCGCCCGUGCACGCGCCCAUGGCCACCGCUAUCAAGUAACUAGCAAAACACAGCAAGAACUGAUCAAACCAGGGACGAAUACGCCUAUCCGUGUUCAGAAUGCAUGUCCAAGGAGGGUCCGAUGUCCUGAACUUCUUCUUCUCGACGCCGCAAGCGGUAGAUCUCGGCCCACUGGCCAUCAACGGUGCAAACGGCGUCAGGACAGGCUUCGCCAGCACCAAGAGCGAAGACUCAACUGACGUUGAUGCAGAUGGCAGUGAAUUGGACAGCGUGAGGGAGGAGGGGAAGAAACGUAUCGGCGCUGACACGUAGAGACAAGGGCAGGAAAGGAAAUGGGUGCGUGCUUCGUACGAGUCCGAGCCUGUAGCUAUGCUGUGGUGUUAGGCUGUGUUUCUCUGUGUUGUUACCAUGCGAAUGUUGGUACCCUCGCUGUGCAUUUCUGUGCAUUCUAUUUGUGUCGAUGCGUAUGUGCGCCUGAUUCCAGAGCGAAGCCAGGCAUGUAGAGUACAGUGUGUGAGCGAUGGGACUCUCCGAUGGCAUGCACACUCCCCCAUCGAUGGAGAAACCAUGUGUGUGUACACAGCACGACAUCAACCAGCGAAAAUCCAAAGAG